AUGGAACUUAUCAAGCGAUUGGGAGUGACUGAGAACAAUAUAAAGCAAAUCGUAGAGGAUCAUCUAGCCAUUAAAGCUAUACCCUGGACGGAACCAAUUCAGAUAGCGAACAUAAUUAUACAACCAUUCAGUGCUUGUCCAGCAGGUUUUUUGGCCGAUCAUUACAUCCUCAAAGUGAACUUCCAAUCCGGUAGCAUUGAAGAAGAGCUCCAGUUGUUCGUCAAAUCUUCACCCGUCGAUAAGAUGCUGUUAGCACAGUAUUUAUUAGAAAUCGGUAGUUUCAAAAAGGAAACUAGUGUUCUACGGGAUAUACUACCUUCGCUUCAAGUCUAUUGCCCAUCGCGUCAGUUGGCACCAACAGUUCAUCUAGCACUCGAGCUGCGAUUAAUUAUAAUGCAAAACCUGAAGAGCAAUGGUUACGAGGUGGCUAAAGUGAAAAGUGGCAUUCUUGGCGAGUUAUUCUUGCGACAAGCACUCAAAACACUGGCAUGCCUUCACGCAACUUCGAUUGUGCAUGAAGAAAGAUGCAAAAAAUCUCUUCUACAGCUGUUUCCCGAUAUUCUAACAGAAAAUGCGUGGAUCAACAGUUCAACAAGUUCUCGAACAAAAGAUGUUGAGAAUGUUAUAAAGCUGUACAAAACCUUUGUACACCUGUGCGAUCAUUUAUCAACCAAGCAUGUUACAAAUAAUCCAACGAAUUGCAUCAUUGUCGAUUAUCAAAUGUCUCGAUAUGCUCCUCCUGGAUACGAUAUCAAUUUGCUCCUAUAUCUAACCAGCAGCGCAACCGCCAAAUCCUGGUUUAGCUUGAUUUAG